UUCUCCGCAGGCAAUCCUGAUGUCUGAAGAUCUGCUGUAAGCCAUGAUUCCAGAGGCCUUCCAGCCCAGAGCCAUGAAGCACACCACCACCGUCCUGAUGCUCGCGCUGUCCUCCCGCUUUUGGUCGGUGUGUGCUGAUUUCCCAGAAGUCUUUGGGGGUGAGUACGGCAGCGUCACCAGCCGGAGAGCCAGAGUACAGUUCGGCUAUCUGGACAUGUUCUCCACGGACGAGCGGGAGGCGGUCUACGUCAAGGAGGGCCAGGGGGCGGUGCUUCUGUGUGCCCCGCCUCCACACUUCCCAGAGGAUCUGUCGUUCCGCUGGAUGCUGAACGAGUUCCCGGAGUUCAUCCCUCUGGACCAGCGGCGCUUCGUCUCUCAGAGCACCGGCAACCUCUACAUCUCCACGGUGCGCUCCACCGACAGUGGAAACUACUCCUGCUUCGUCUCCAGCCCCGCCAUCGCCAAGAGCGUCUUCAGCAAGUUCAUCCCGCUGGUGCCCAUCGCCGAGCGUCUGUACGAGUGUGAGGCCGACAACUCCAAGGGCAAAGACUGGCACAAAACACACCUCUACGUGGAGGGAGCUCCUGAUUGGCUGGAGCAGAUCAGCAGUUCAGAGGUGGACAUCGGGGGCGAUUACAUCAUGUCCUGUCAGGCCAGUGGGAAACCCAAACCACACGUGCACUUCCUGAAGAACGGCCACAUGUACAUGAAGGGUCAUGAGGUCCGCUUCUCCAGGCUGGGGUUCGAGGACUCUGGGAUGUAUCAGUGUGUGGCUGAGAACCGUCACGGUGUGAUUCACGCUAACGCUGAGCUGCGGGUGUUCGCCAGCGCUCCUUCAUUCCAGUAUAACCCAGUUAAACCCAAACUCCUGGGGGCCAGAAACGGCCGGGUGGUGUUCGAAUGCAGACCUCGAGCUGCACCGCGACCCAACAUCACCUGGAGCAAAGGAACAGAACUCCUGCACAACUCCAGCAGGAUCUCCAUCUGGCUGGACGGCAGUUUAGAGCUGCUGAACAUCUCCAAGUCUGACGAGGGGAAGUACACCUGCUUCGCAGAGAACGACCGCGGCCGAGCCAACAGCACUGGAUCACUGUCAAUCACAGGCUGCGAUGAUGCUCGUAUGACCUCCAGCUCAGAGAUGCUGGUCAGAUACACAGCACCUGUGGACAACAGCACUGCAUCUGCUGCGCUGAUGGUCAUAGGUAGAAAAUGUGCUGCAGGGAGAGCCGCUCCAGAAAUGUACACAGGGCAGGGCGUGCGGGGCGAGUCUGCCACGGAAGCAAUCGUCAUCUGGGUGCCUGUGCAGCUGCCGACGGUGGAGAGAUAUCAGGUGCGGUACUGGCGUGAGUCUGUAGAGAACGAAGCGUCUGCUCAGCGGGUUCUGGUGUCCAGUCGAGAGAAUCACACACGUCUGGACAACAUGAAGCCCGACUCACACUACCUGGUGGAGGUGCGCGCGUGUAACGGAGCCGGAUACGGACCCGCCAGCCAGCGCAACAGGAUAUACACCAAGAAGUCCCCUCCCAGUCGUCCUCCUAAGAUCAUCAGCACUAAGAUGCACUACAGCGGCACCUCCAUCAACAUCGCCUGGGAGAAGGUGGAGUCGCUGAACAACGAGUCAACGGUGGCGGGAUAUAAGGUCCUGUACCGGCAGCACGGCCAGCCCAGCGGCACGCUCUACACCACCGAGAAGCAGUCCAUCGACCUGCCCAUGAGGAGGGGGGAGUACCUGGUGGAGGUGCGGGCACACAGCGAGGGUGGAGACGGGGCCGUCGCACAAGUGCGCAUCACAGGUUCGGCUCCGGCUCCGGCUCUGGCCUCGGCUCUGCUGCUGCUGCCGCUCCUCUGGACUCUGAUGCUCUGAGCGAAUGUAGACUGACGUGUUCAGCGGUGAAACACACACACACACCGGCGGACUGCAGACACGCGUGUGUGUGUGUGUCUUCUCAAUAUGCCUUACAGCAUCUCACUCUGAUCUCUCACUGAGCUCUGAUUGGUCCAGACGGAGCGCCGCUGCCGCACCUGCUGUCAGGUGUUUUGGUGACAGAUCAGCGUCUGAGCGUCUCAUGUUUGUGUGUGUGUG